AGCCAAAAUUAAGUUAUAUUUAGAUUAGGAAAUUCCCUUUCUAAUCCAACGCUUUGCAGUACAAUAUAGAGCCCUGGAGAUUUCCUUGAUGCAGAAAGCAAAUUUUCAUGAGAAGAGAAUUUCUUUUGUGCUGCUUAACCAUCCACUACAAUAUAAAGACCAGCUAACUGUAACAGCCAGAGCGGUGCGGAUCAUUGGAUCAUGUCGGGAUUAACGGAUCGACAGUACCGGCUAUAUAAAGAAAUCCUGGUGGAUUUCCGGAAAGAUGUAGAUCCAGACUCUCUCAUGGAUCAACUGAGCGGAUGUUUGACUGCUGAUGACAUUGACAGAGUUCGAGCAAAACUCCACGAUGAAGGAAGAUCAAAAGCAGUGGGAGAGCUGCUGGACAGACUCCGCCGACGACCAAACUGGGAGAACUGUCUUCUAGAGGCACUGCAACAUCCAGAAAUGAGACUGGGGCACCUUGCAGAAUCCUUCAAACAAAAGAUCACUGAGGUACAGAUAAAAGUCACAUUAGACUACGAAUGUCGAGAUGGACACAACUGCUCACCACCAGGCAAAACUGAACCUGCUCCUCCUGAAGAUGACUUACAAGGGGGGAGAACUCUGGCAGAGCAGGGGCAGGAGUCCCAAUCUCCACUGGAAAUGAUUCUUGAGAACUUCAAAGCCCGAGUCGAUCCCGAGGAUUUUCUGCAGUAUUUAGUGAGGUUUCAGGAAAAGGAUGAAGAAGCGGUGAAAAGAAAACAGAGGUAUGAGGGUCGAGCGUCCGCCGCCGCCGAGAUGGUGUCCCUUCUCCGAUCUUACAGACACUGGAAGAAUGACCUGGUGCAGGCACUAAACAGUCACGACAGUGGGCUGGAGGACUUAGGAAAGGCCCUUAAUGACAUCAGUAUAGAUGAAAAUGAAGAACUGAGGACAGCCCAGAGUCUAAAGUUUCCAAGCCAGUUUUCAGCAAAAGAAAGUAGAAUGUCCAUUGUACAUGAGUUUAUAAGGAAGAAAAUGCUAGACGUCAAAUCCCCAGAGGAACUUCCAGAAUUGUUUUCAAUGGGGGACCAAAUCAAUUCUUAUUUGCUGAAGUUAGAAGAGGGAUGUUUACUUCUCACUCUCUCAGCUCACAGUGAAGAGACGCUGUGCAGCCUUCACAAGAUGUACCUCGGAGGAGUUUUGGCAGAGGUGAUCAAAAGAGACCUAUUGGCCGAGGAACGUCUUCUCCGCGUUCUGUCGCUGGCUGCCGAAAAGUUUGCCAGCAGUGUUGAGAAAUUGGAAUUCAAAGUUGAAAACCUCCAUUUGAACGUACACAUCAAUCUGGUGGACUAUCAGUAUAGUCUACUAAAUCUCCGAUCUUAUAGAGACACCAGUAUUCCAUCGACAGCGAUUCAGAGCUUGACUGAUUUCAGAGUUCAAACGAAGCCCAGAGUGUUCAGCUCCACUAACAGGCUGAGUCCGUUUCUUCUGAGUCCGUUUCUUCCACCCACAGUCCACAAGCUGUUAGGGGAUCCUUUUAUCCAGAGAUUUUACGAGGAACUGACCUCCACAUUGGAGAACUCCGCUUCAGACCGCUCAGCCGCGGUCAUUAUAACGUGGCUGUGGAAGACAUUGAAACUCUUUACUGAAGGUCAUGAUUUGAAGGACGAGUUAAACAAACUGGGUUUGGAGCUGGGAACGGCACCAAGACACUUGUCUCCAGGGAGGCAGGAGAGGUGCUUGUUUGAUGUCAGGAUGGUGGAGAACACAGUGAGGCUCCGGGUCGCUGCGACAAGGACAGACGACUCCUGCAUCUUUUCUACGGAGACAUGGGAAAAAUUCUUAAAAGAGGGCAUCAUCUGUUUCUCCCAAGCACAUCAAAAAUACUGCCUCCAGAGCCUCAUUCUGGAACAGUAUCUGGUUUACAGGAGUAGUGCCUCCAAUUCAGUAGAUCAGUCUGGGUUUCAUCCGGUCUUCAAACUGGCAGAAAAUCCAACAGAAUUCAUCACAGUCUUUGAUGAUUCAGAUGAAAUGAUGAUGGAAUAUCUUUAUUUGCAGUACCUUCUCUUGAAGUCAGCUGAUCCAGAUCAUUGUCUCGAUGCCAUGAAAACCAUUAUCCCAAAAGAAGGAACAUACAAGAUACAGACUCAGAAGGACUCUCUCGAGAUUCAAGCAAACAUUUUAAAUAUUCUUAUCCAGGAGCGACUGAUUGAUAGCUUUGAGGUUGCCAUGAGUUCUAAUAACAUUGAUCUUUGGGAUAUUUCAACAGGAAAUGUUACGAAAACUUUACUUAGCUCAGACAUGAAGUCCCUAGUUAAUCUUGCAGGUCUUCUCUCCACCUUAGGGACAGUAGACAUUAAUGUGGAGAUGUAUCAGGAUGGCAACAGACAGGCAAUGAUUAAUUUAAAACUUACCCAGGGCAGUCCAUACCUCCAUCGAGGUCAUUUGUCUCUCAGGUUUGCUGGGGCCAGUCUGAAUUCACUUAACGACAAUGUAGAUGUUCUAUGUGAGGGACUCAAGAAGAUGCCCUACUUAUUCCAUCUUGACUUGUCCACUACAGAACUUGAUCCUGAGGCUUAUCGAAAAAUCCUGGUAGCUUGCAAGUUUUCACAGCUUUCUUCUCUAGUGUUGAAUAACACUAUGUUGAUGAAUCAGACUGAUCCCCAGCCUCUGGGGUUAGAAUUUGUGCCACAGCUGAAGAGACUGGAAAUGGAGGGGUGUCAUGUGAGGGAUGUCGGGAUACAAGCCAUGCUUCCCGAUUUCAAGGCUUCUGACAAGUUGACUGAAGUGAAUGUUGGAGAUAAUGCUAUGACUAGUUCUGGAGUAAUGAAGUUAUCAGCCCUUCUGAUGAACAAGGAAAACUUGAGAGUGGUUCGAAUUCACAAGAACGACAUUGGGUACGAUGGAGCGCUGGCUCUCGCGAUGCUCUUCAGAAAUUUACCUCUUCUGGAAGUGGUUAACCUCUGUAGCUGUGAUACUAUCCCAGAAAAAGGCUUUCAGAUGAUCAUCGACUCACUGGAGGGGAAAAACCUUAAGAAAAUGAAUGUUCGGGAGUGUGGAUUCUCCCAAGGAAUGGCUGAGAAAUAUUUCCAACUAUUGAAGACAAUGCCUCAUUUCCAGCAUCUAGAUUACGGGUGUAAUUUCAUCGGUAUAUCGGAAGGAUCCUCACAGGACAGAAAUUCAAAGAUUUCAAACUUGUUUUUAGAGAUGAUGAGUUUCAACAAAAACUCUUGGAAUCGCCUGAGCCUGUGGAAGUGCCAGCUCGGCUUCACUUCGAUAUUCAGGUCAGACAAUCGUCUACAGUACCUUUCAACAUUGACGGAUAUUUGUCUUCAGGAAAACGAUCUCGAUGACGCAGCAGGAAUGUGCAUCGGUGAGUACAUGGUGACGUCAUGGCACAGUCUUCGUUGUCUUAACCUUCGCGAGAAUAUCAUCGGAGAUGUGGGAGCACAGCGGAUACUGGACGGGAUCCGGGUCAACCCCAAUCUAGAGAGAAUUUACUUAGACAGGAACAACAUACAAAACGUCAGCAUAGCUAAGGGGAUGGUUCUCUUCUUUCUCGAGCAGGCUAAGCCUGGUCUGCGAGAGAUGGACGUGUCGUACAAUCACGUGACCGAGUACAGACGUAACCAGGUCGAGAUCAGGAGAUAUCUCGGUGAAAUGAAAUUCGCGAAGGUCGAGGACUGUGUGGGGUAUACCAACAUUUGUUACCAGGACCGUGCGAUGAGGCUCUAAACCUGCUGCUAAAGAGGCUCUAAACCUGCUGCUAGAGGGAACCAAAGAUUGAAAUAAUCUUCAUUAUGAUAUACAAACAUUACAUUCAUUACCAGGACCGUGCGCUGAGGCUCUAGACUUGCUGUGCCACUAAAGAGGCUCUAGACCCGCUGCCACUAAAGAGGCUGUAGACUUGAAAUAAAUUUCAUUAUGAUAUACAAACAUUUAUUACCAUACAAACAUUUAUUACCAUACAAACAUUCCUUACCAGGACCAUGCACUGAGGCUCUAAACCUGCUGUUAAAAGGAAAGAUAUUGUUUAGUUUGAAGUGUAAAACUAUAGAGUCUCAUUCGAUACAGUGGACUUCAGUAUGACAUCGUAGAUGCAGAUUAUAACGACUGAACAGAUUUAUUGGUGUAUAACACAGAAAUGAGAUUCAUUCUGCGUGGUUUUGAUUGAUUUUGUGUAGAAGUCAAUGAUCAGUUCUUAAGGUAAUUACGAUGAAAAAAAUGACUUUGAUUAAAAGAGGAACUUUAAUUUCAUAAACCUGAAGUAUGUUGACAAAAAUUCAGUAAAGUGAUUUUGAUUUGACUUCUACAUUAUCAAACAGUAAAGUCUGUUUUUCUGUUAUUUCUGGAUUACAAGAAACAAAGUCACCAACACAUCAUGAGAACGUGCCGGUAAAUUUACCCUGUUUAUUUCUUCACAGUUAUAACUAGAUCUAGACCCUACUGGUUGUGAUCCUGUCGUGAGAAUGUUCUGCAAUACAGUGUAUUAACCUUCAGGUGUUGGUCUCCGGUUUUGAGAAUGUUCUGCAAUAUUAACCUUCAGGUGUUGGUCUCCGGUUUUGAGAAUGUUCUGCAAUAUUAACCUUCAGGUGUUGGUCUCCGGUUUUGACCUUGUUUGUUAUUUUCUUGAUUGGAAGUGUCUAUGUAUAAGAUAAAUGAUAACAAUAAAUUCCUACUGGUUGAACAUAUGA